UUUCACGUUACGCUACUAUUAAAAAAAAAAAAAAAAAUCAUUCAUUUCAUGUCUAAAAACCCAUAUUAUAUUAAUAAAUAAAUAAGUAAUAUAAUAAUAUAUUACAUCACAUUACAAAAUAAAAUGAUAUAAAAAAUACAUUAACACUAAAACUAAUUACUAGAUACGCUACAAACAUAAUUAUUAUAUAUAUUAUGUAACAAUAAUUAUUUAUUUAUCAUACAAAUUACGCAUUAUUAUUAGCGACACUAGGUAAUAAUCAUCAAUUUGUUUGGCCAGUGAUUAUUUCUACCCAGUGUUUUGUCAUAAGGCCGUCCAAGCGCUCAGCGAAGAAGCUCAGGGUAGUCAGGAUGGUGUUGGAGCUACUGUCAGAGUGGGACCUGCUAAUUACCCGUUUCGGUCAAGUAGAUACGUCGUGUAAUGUAAAAAACAAUCUUUGCUUUCCGACACGCACUUACUCAAAUUUAUCAAUCAGGUGAUUGUGCGUAUUAGAUUAGAUUGUAAAAAUAUUAGACAUCUAGCGCCUUCAGCAGUUCGCGAAGCGGCGCGCACGCAGCAUGGCGCACGAGUUAAACGGCAAGGUCGCGUUUGUAACGGGCGCCGCUAACGGCGUGGGCGCGGGGUUGGUGAGGCUGCUGCUAGCUGAAGGAGUGAAGCACGUCGCCAUUCUGGACAUCGAUGAGACUAGUGGAACUGCGUUUCAAAACGAGUUAAACGCUGAAUAUGGCGCCAAUAAGAGCAAGUUCUACCAGUGCGACGUCACGAACGAUGAUCAGCUGUUCGCAGCGUUCCAGUCCGUCGUAGCGGGCCAUGGGGGCCUCGACCUGGUAGUCAACAAUGCUGGCAUCAUGAACGAUGCCCCGCACGUGUAUAAGAAAGAAAUUUCGAUUAACGUGACUGCUCUGAUCACCAGCACCUUGACAGCCCUAGAGCUGAUGCGUACAGACGAAGGCGGUAAAGGUGGUACCGUCAUCAACAUAGCUUCUAUAGCCGGCCUUUACCAGAUGUCCGUCAUGCCCAUCUACUGCGCCACCAAGACAGCUGUUAUCCAGUUCAGCAACUGUAUCGGUAAAGAGGACUACUACGAGAAGACGGGCGUCCGCGUCCUGGCAAUGUGUUUUGGAGCCACCGACACUAGUCUCCUCAGCGGUCAGAAGCUGGGAUCGCUCGACAAGAACGUGGAUGGCGAAAGCGUCUCCAGCGUAAUUAACGAAUUCCCUUUACAACGGGUGGAAUCAGCAGCCCAGGGUGUGAUCGAUGCGUACAAGAAAGGCUGUAGUGGUAGCACCUGGAUCGCUACUCGGGACCUCCCCGCCAUGGACAUUACUGAUAAUAUCAAUAGAGCAUAUGACAUCUUGGGCGAAGAUAUUUGACCGCAUACAGCGAGCUAGAGCUGCAAAAUUGUAUGGACAUAUAGGAAUGGAAUUCAUUCAUAAAGUUAGGGAACCAAAUUAAGUGAGGAUUAUAAAUCCUAUUUAGUUAAAAUAAGUGUCUAAAUCGUGAAAGCUGAAAACGACACACGGAGGUUACAGGGUUUAAUGUUAUUUAUUUAAUUAUUUAAAUAAAUAGUUUUAAAUAUAUUCGUUUUAUUUUAAGAUAAAUAAAGUAAUUUCGGUAAAAAACAUUAAUUAUUUAAUUUUAAGAAGUUUCAGCAUUCUAUUAGCCUCUAAUUGUUUUUCCCAUUUGCGUGUAAGACGAAGGU